UGUCUCUAAGCAACUCGCACUUCCGCACAGGAUUACCGCACGGUUGCGGCUGUUUUGCAGCGGGACUUUCAUCUCAAUCUUUUCGCACAAUCAAGACUCCGUAAGAAAAUCACCGGAUCCUUUCAAGCUUCCCAUGGUGACGACCUUGGGGGAAAUAUAGCUAAACAAAUAGUCUUGUAUCUAAAAUCAACUGCAAGCGUUCCUUGAAAGCGGGCCUUGACCUAAAUCUCGUAGAGCCAUGUCGCACAGAAGAAGUCGGAGUGCUACACCACCACCUUCGUACGUCACCAACAGCAAUGAACCUCGCGACCUGGAGCGAAGGAUUUUUGUUGGAAAUUUGCCUACGGCACACAUGGCGAAGAAGGACAUGGAGGAUCUUUUCAGGCCAUAUGGGAAAAUCCAGGUUUUGUCCCUGUUUCGUGGGUAUGGAUUUGUGCAGUUUGAACGAUUGGAGGAUGCAGAGGCCGCUAAAGCCGGACAUAACGGUCGAGUUUAUAGAGGUUAUAAACUAGAUGUAAAUAUGGCAGCUGAGAGACGACAGAAUAAAUCCAGAUCAAGUCCUCCACGCAGGCCAUCCAGCUCUUAUGGGGAGAGUCGCGAGCCCCGUCCUCGCUCUCGGUCCCCCGUGCACGGACGAGAUUCUCGAUACCACCGUGAAAGUCGAGAGAUGAGGGCCAACAGCCGUGAACCACGUCCCGCUUCGACACGUGAACAUGAGGAUAGACCCCCGGCUGAAGAACGAUACAGGGGGUCCGAGAGCAGGGAGAAGGAGCCUUCUUUAAGAGAGGAAAGUUAUGAUCGUUACUAUCGUGGCGAGUACGAUUAUUAUCGGAAGAAAGAUGAGGCGUACUCUGGCUACAGAGACCCCUGGAAUGGCAGAAGAGAGCAGAGGGUGGAGCGCAUGCGUCCUGAAGAGCGGCGCAGGAACGAACUCUAUCGGCAAUAUUAUGAAGAGCUGCAGAAGCGAUAUGAUCUUGACAGACCAGUGGACUGCUCUGUCAUAGUAGUCAACAAGCUGCAAAAGGAAUAUGCUGAAACGGUGGGCAGGAAAGUUCGGGAUCUGGGUAUGGUGGUGGAUCUAAUCUUCCUGAAUACUGAAGUGUCUUUAACUCAAGCUCUGGAGGACGUAAGCCGAGCUCGUACACCCUUUGCCAUCAUUAUUACCCAGCAGCACCAAGUUCAUCGUUCCUGUACAGUCAAUAUCCUCUUUGGGACACCACAAGAGCACAGGAACAUGCCCAUUCAGGACGCCAUGGUUCUGGUGGCGCACAACUUUGAAACCUUUAAAGUUGAGCACCGCGCUAAAGAAAGGGACGAAACUUGCUAGGAAGGCGGCAAGAUGGCUGAUGACGUGUUAAUGAGGGAACAUGACAGAGAGGGUCAUCCCGUUUCUGUCCUCACUGCAGUUACGCUGCUGUCCGAGGGCAGGUUUAUGACUCCAGAAGAGCUGGCCAGGCUAAUCGAAUAUCUCCGAGAUAGUGAUCGUCUUGUCAGAAGCACUACUGACACAGGAUCCCACCCUCCGUCUGUGACCCACGAGCCCUCUCAGCCGCAGGCUAUUUCGGUUCCAGCUCAGCCCACGUACUCCACCCUGAGCCUCCAGACCAGCCAUCUGACUCCUGCGUCAGCUCCUGCUCAAACCAACCAGCAGGAGCUCCAGGCUAAAAUCCUCAGCAUCUUCAACAGCGGCAGCGGCUCAUCUGUGACCUCCAGUCCCGCUCCAGCAGCCCAAACGCAGGGUUACCCACCCAGCCUCUUAGCCCAGGCCACCAGCCUUCAGUCAGCUGUCUCCGCCUUGCCCAAAGUUGCCACCGUCCAGCCACAGAGCAGCAUUAGCCCUCGGCCUACGCUCAGGCCUCCAGUCGCCCGUAUGGCUGCUCCUGCAGGAGCAGCUAGACCAGCAGUCACCGCCGGCACCGGCAUCAAUUUCGACAACCCCAGUGUGCAGAAAGCAUUGGAUACGCUGAUUCAGAGUGGCCCAAUUAACCAGCUGGUAAAUGGCUCUGUGGGUCAAGGCUUGCGGUCCGCACAGGGAAUGGCCCAGAGCGUCGAUCCCAGUUCACAGUCCAUUUCCCAUUAUUCCCGUCAUUACUGAAAUGAAUGAGGAAUCCAUAAGGUUGAAUGAUAAGUUAUUUUUCGUUCUUGUUCCGUUUGUGAUUAAAAACAACCUCAAAACGCA